AUGGCCCAUCUCCAAGCCUCAAAUCUAUUCUCAGUCAAGGACCGGGUGGUCGUGAUCACCGGCGGCGGAAGUGGCCUCGGACGCAUCAUGACCAAAGCCCUCGACGCCAAUGAAGUUUCUAAAAUUUUCAUUCUCGGCCGCCGCGAGGACGCCCUCCAAGAAACCGCCUCGCAAGCCAUCAACGGCACCGUAAUCCCCAUCCAAUGCGAUAUCACCUCAAAAGAAUCCCUCGAAGCGGCAUACAAGGCUGUCGCGGGUCAGACAACCCACGUCGACCUGCUCAUCGCUAACAGCGGCAUCAUGGGGCCACCCAUGAAGCUCCCGCAGCCCGCCGAAGACGGGUCCAUGCCAUCGCUGUCCGAGGUACGGGAAGAGCUGUUCAACAUCCCCAUGGAGGAAUUCAAUAACGUGAUGAACGUUAAUGUCACGGGGUCAUACUACACGGUGCUAGCAUUCCUGCCUCUGCUCGAAGCGGCGAACAAGAGACGUCCUGCGGCGCAGGAGAAUGUCCUCGCGGCUCCGACUGCGCAGGUGAUCAUUACCAGCUCGGUUGCGGGUUAUAUUCGCAAGGUGCCGUUUAGUUUUGCGUAUAACUCCUCCAAGGCGGCUACGACGCAUUUGGUGAAGAUGCUUUCUACUGCGUUUGCUCAUUAUAGUAUUCGGGUUAAUGGCCUCGCGCCUGGUCUGUACUAUUCUGAUAUGGCGAAUCAUAUCUUCCAGGGCGCUGGCAUUCAUGGUCGGGCGAUCUCUGAUGGCUCGUUCCCCAAUGAGAUGAUUCCUGCUACUCGGGGUGGUGGUGAGGAGGAUAUCGCCGGGUUGAUUGUUUGGCUGGCGAGUAACUCGGGGGGUUACAUCAAUGGUAAUAUUUUGGUUACUGAUGGGGGCCGGAUUUCUGUACUUCCUGCUGUCUAUUGA